AUGGAUCUUUUUGGAUUGCUUGUUGGAUUUUUCUACAUGGUCUCACAUGUGAAUGGGUAUGGUUAUGGGGGGUGGACUAAUGCUCAUGCUACUUUCUAUGGUGGAAGUGAUGCCUCUGGGACAAUGGGUGGGGCUUGCGGUUAUGGAAACUUGUAUAGCCAAGGUUAUGGAACUGAUACAGCAGCACUGAGCACUGCAUUGUUCAACAAUGGCUUGAGUUGUGGUGCAUGUUUUGAAAUUAAGUGUGUGAAUGACCCACAGUGGUGCCUUCCUGGCUCCAUUGUAGUCACAGCCACCAACUUUUGCCCCCCUGGUGGUUGGUGUGACCCUCCCCAACACCAUUUUGAUCUUUCUCAACCUGUUUUCCAGCACAUUGCUCAAUACAAGGCUGGGAUUGUACCUGUAGUUUACAGAAGGGUGAGAUGUAGGAGAAAAGGUGGAAUUAGGUUCACCAUCAAUGGCCAUUCUUACUUCAAUUUAGUCCUUGUCACUAAUGUUGGAGGUGCUGGUGAUGUGCAUGCUGUGGCCAUCAAAGGUUCAAGAACUAGAUGGCAAGCCAUGUCAAGGAAUUGGGGGCAAAACUGGCAGAGCAACUCAUACCUUAAUGGACAGAGUCUUUCAUUUAUAGUGACCACAAGUAAUGGACACAGUUUGGUCUCGUACAAUGUUGCUCCACCUAGUUGGUCCUUUGGGCAGACCUACACUGGAAGGCAGUUCAACUACUAA